GCUUUAAAGGAAGAUAAAAGUUCUCUACAGAUUGAAUAUACACUGUAAUGAGUGAGUCAACACUGGCAUCACAUUGGCAAGGUGAUGUCAGGCUGACUUUUCUGAUGAGUGGUUCUCGUUGAUUCCUGAGGAGUAUCUUCUUCCUGUUCCAGUUCGGCGGUUGCGAGUUCAAGGGAGUUCCCUCUCAUUGCCAGGAGUUCCGGAAGAGGGCUCUCCUGUUAUCAGUUCCUGGUGUUUCAAGUUCGGAUGGUUCCUGUUUUGCGGUUCAGUUUGGAGUGUCUGAUGUCCGGUCAGGGUUAUGUCCUCUUGAAGAUUUUUGGGGACUCAUUAAGACACCAUGGCUGUCUCACAAUGUCUGCAGGAGUGAAAGGGUCUGAUAACCCCACUUCAUCUUGUAUACAGGAGAGGAAGAAUGAUGAGAAGAUCCUAGGCCUCACUAGAAAGAUCAUUCAGCUUCUGACUAGAGAGAUUCCUAUAAGAUAUGAGGACUUCACAGUCUUUUUUACCAUGGAGGAGUGGGAGUAUGUAGAAGAACACAAGGAUCUGUAUGAGGAUGUCCUGGUGGAGAAUACAAUUCACCUUAAAUAUAUAAGUGACCAUGAUAAUAAAAUCUUACAUAAUACAUCAUCAGAGAAGAUAAGUGACUCAAAGAUUGUACAAGACAGGAAUGGUGUGACUGAGAAGAUUCUGCAUCUCACUAAAGAAAUCAUUCAACUUCUGACUAAAGAAAAAUAUAUACUAAUUUGGAAUCAUGGUAAUCACACCACACUCAGUGGCAUGGAUCGUGUGUCAGGAUUGAUCACAGAAUCAUCACCCCCAUCACUGAUGCAAGAGAAAAAGAAUGAUGGAAAAAUCCUGGAUCUUACCAACAGGAUCAUUGAGCUGAUGAAUGGAGAGACUUAGAUUAGAUAUGAAGACAUCAAGGUAUGCUUCACCAUGGAGGAGUGGGAUUAUGUAGAACAACACAAGUAUCUCUAUAAGGGCAUCCUGAUGGAGAAUAAAAUGGUUGCGUCCUAUGAUACAUCAUGUUCCCUAGAUUUUAUAGAAGAAAUGCCACUCAAAUGUCUUCAACAUUCAGAGAGCUCUUGUGUAUGGACACACAACUCACCAUACCAAGUGGGGAAGUCAACAAAAUCUUGUCAUAAUCAACCAAAUAUUGGAAAACAUAAACGUAAAAGUAACUACAGAGAACCAACACCAGUUAUUUGCUGUAAAUGUGAAAAACCCCUUAAAAGAACUGACAUUGGACACAUGGAGACUUCUGACUCUAGUGGAAGCAAAAUAUACUGCAGAAAAUGUCUAUUAGAUAAGAGAUGUAAGAACACACAAAAAAGGCGAUUUUCUUGUUUAGAGUGUAGUAGUUGUUUUUCAAACAAGAGUGCCCUUGAUAUUCACCUGAGGAUGAUACAUACUUUGUCAAAAAUCUUCACAUGUUCAGAAUGUGAUAAGAUUUUCACUAACAACACCUGCCUUGAGAGUCAUAUGAAAGUCCACACAGGAGAGAAGCCUUACAAAUGUUCAGAAUGUGGGAAAUAUUUUCUCAGUACUGGGAACCUUCAGGCCCAUUACAGAGUUCACACUGGUGAGAAACCCUUCCCUUGCUCAGAGUGUGACAAGACCUUCAGGUAUAAGUCACACCUUGUUGCCCAUCAAAGAUUUCAUACAGGACAAACACUGCCAUGUACCGAGUGUGGAAAACACUUUAUCUACCAGUCACAUCUUGUGAAACAUCUUCGAAUCCACACAGGGGAGAAACCCUAUAAGUGUCCAGAAUGUGGAAAAUGUUUUCAUCGAAGUUCCCAGCUCACUCACCAUGAGAUGAUCCACACAGGAGAAUCACGUUUUAAGUGUGAAGAAUGUGACAAGUGUUUUCGGUUCCCCUCUGACCUGUUUAGACAUCAGAAAACGCAUACUGGUGAGAAGCCAUACUGUUGUUCUGAAUGUGGAAAAAGUUUUACACGCAGCACAAGCCUAAGUGAACAUACAAUGCUGCAUACAGGGGAGAAGCCAUACUCGUGUCCAAAAUGUGGGAAACGUUUUCUAACGUAUAACUACAUGCUCAGGCAUCUAAACACACAUAAUUUAAAAAAAGAAAAAAGGCAUAAUCUAAAUGCUAAGAACAGCAAUCAAUCAGAUUAAAGCUAUUUGUACUCCUGGAUAAACAUAGUGCUGAGAUUGGUUCUUUAGCCAUGACCACUGUUUAUCUGCACUACAUUUUUAUAACCCAUAAUCUUUGAGUUACUGUGCAAACUCAGAAAGUCAUCAAGCUUUUUAUUGGGUUUCUUUUUAAUCAUCAAAACUAUCAACUAUACUGUAUUAUUUAUGAUAUGGUUUGGAAUCUCUUUUAGAAAAAUUGAGGUGAACGUGUUUGCUAACCUAUUAUCGAUUGAUCUGAAGUUUGUGAUGAAAGCAGAUGAUCUCAUGGGACAUAUACAGUAUAAUUAUUUCUCACAUUUCCCCCCAGUAUGAUACAAUAUAGGAUCAAGGAGAGAAAUAUAUUAGUCACUGUACUUUCACAUAAUUUAAUUCAAUAGAGAAUUGUGUUAUUAAAAAAUGUCUAAUUUACAUAAUUUAAAACCUGUAUGACUCCCCCUGAAAACAAGCUGUAAAGACCUGGCCACUAGGGGUGUAAUUUACAGUUCACCGCCUGUUGCAAAGUCCUUC